AUGAGCCUGGUCCACACCCCUCUGCUGCUGCUUUGGAGCUGGGGAAGUCUCUGGGCUUUUGAAUUGGUAGAAAAGGAGAAUGUUUUUCAGAAGAUCCCUUGUCCUGCCUUCUUGAUGUUCGAUAAUGCAGCUUACCUGGCAGACAUGAGCUUUGAACUCCCCUGUCACUGCAAACCUGAAGAGGUGCCCGCUGUGGUCUGGUACUACCAACAGCAUCUAGGGAGCCACCACACCAGAGUCCUGACAGAUUUUGAUGGGCGGGUGGUAGUUGAUUCAGGACAAGUGCGGGUGGGCAGCAACAUGCUGGCCCGCUUUGGCAUCCGAAUGUUCAGUUUACUGGUGUUCCGUGCACAGCCUGAGGACUCAGGGCUCUACCUCUGUGGGACACGCCACGGUGACUAUUUCUAUGGCUAUGACGUGGACAUACAAAGUAGUCAAAAGAUGGUAGCAGCAUUCAUUGACAAAGGCCAGGCACCUCCUGGGGAUGAGGAGCAUGGGAACCUCUACAUCUUCACUACCUUCUGGGAGUGGACCCACUGUGAUCGCUGUGGCGUCAGGGGUGAACAGUGGCGGAUUGGUCUCUGCUACCUGAAUAAACCAGGCCUUUCCCCCCGGUUCCGAAAGAGUGUGACUGAUGUGGUGUCUUGUGGCUCCCAGGCAGUGCCGAGAAAACUGCGAAAUAUGGCAAGAAACCACCGUCCACCUGAGCUAAUGAUCCGGAGCUGCAUGGUGCCCUGCAAGAAGAAGCCACAGUUGGGGCUUAUGGCCAUCUAUACUUUCAUCUCUAAGCUGGGCAGCAAGCCCUGGCUUCCCAAAGUACCCAUUAAGUUCCACCAACAGAGGCUUGGCCAUGGGCUUAUCCUCUCCUGCCCUGGGGCUCGUCCAGAACAUGCCAUAGCCUGGGACAAGGACCACCUCCGUCUGUAUCGCACCAGCUUCCUGAAGGGGGUCAACCGGUCCAUGAGGAUAUUCAUUGACCAUGGCAAUCAAUUCCAUAUCCGAUUCGCCCAGUUGAAUGAUAGGGGAAUCUAUUACUGUUGGCGAGAAGGGGAGAUGGUAGCUGGCUUCCGGUUGACCGUGAUAUCUGGGGGUCGCUACUAUGCUUCUCUCUCUGACCCUGAGACCCAAUACGCCCUACAGGCUGCCCUGGUGGGCUACAUGUUCCUCACAGCUGUCUUCAUCCUCAUUCACUUAUGCCGCUGCUGCUGUUACUUCUUUACCUGCUGCCCUGAUCUAUAG